GCAUUUGCUCUGCUUGCUUUUCCCCUCUUUCUUUUUAAAGUGAAACUACUUAUUCACAGCUUCCCCUGUCCGCAGCUUAUUAACCAAAACCAAAACCAAAACCAAACCAUCAUUCCCCCGCUUUUUUUUAUCUCUCUCCGGUCUCUCUUCCCUAUUCAAUAUCAGCAGAGCAAUAAUGUAUUAACAACUUUGCCUUUUGUCCUUACUUUUUUCCUCUUUCUCUGUGCUUCCCCUCUUUAGCUUGACUGAUUGUCGCUGUUGGUAGUUGCAACUUGCUCAGCCCUCCCAACCAACCAUGGGAGAAGCAGAAGCUCUGUAGGCAGGCAGAGAGAGAUUUGGUACGGGGGUUUGCUUGCAGGCACCAAUUAUGGACAUUGGGGGCUCAGGGGGGAACACUUUCCCCUCCCACUCUGUUCCUUCCUUCUCUCCUUCCUCUUCCGUUACUUCGGCAGUUGAGUCCAACAUCAAUGGCUUGCAAUUUGGGAAGAAGAUCUAUUUUGGGGAUCAUGUGGGUAUGCUCUCCACUUCUCCUCCUGCCGCCAAGCCGCCUUCCGGCGCCGCCAGGCAGCAGCAGCAGACUGUUCCGAGGUGUCAAGUUGAAGGGUGCAGCCUGGAUCUGAGCGAUGCUAAGCCUUACUACUCCAGGCACAAAGUUUGCGGGACUCACUCCAAGACCCCUACUGUCAUUGUUGCUGGCUUGGAGCAGAGGUUUUGCCAGCAGUGUAGCAGGUUUCAUCAGCUCUCCGAAUUCGACCAAGGGAAAAGGAGUUGUCGCAGGCGGCUGGCCGGGCAUAACGAGCGCAGGAGGAAGCCCCCAGCUGGUUCGUUGUUGUCAUCUCGCUACGGCAGGCUCUCAUCGACUAUUUUCGAUAACAGCAGCAGAGGUGGAGGCGGUGGCUUUCUGCUCGACUUCAGUGCAUUCCCGAGGUCACCUGGUAGGGACGCAUGGCCGCCAUCUGGGAGAUCAUCUGAAACUGCAGUCAAUGCUGCGGGAAGGUCGGUUCCCCAUCUGUGGCAGCACAACAGCAACUCUCAGAAUCCUCCGCCCAACAUCUACCACGGUGGGACUGGGUUUCCGGGUUCCGGAGAAUGUUACAACAAUACAGGGGCCAGCAGCAUCGUGGACUCGAGCUGUGCUCUCUCUCUUCUGUCAAAUCAACAACAAUGGAGCUCUAGAAGCAGCGCAUCGUCAGCAAGUCACGCCGCUAGAGGCAGCAACUUGGUGGUGGAUUUGCAAGGAGCUCCCGUCACAACUGUGUCAACAGCCGUUGGUACUACUGCGUACCAUAACAGUUGGGGUUUUAAGGGCGGCAGUGAUGGUGUUACCAGUUCCAAUGGGGUGAUGCAUUCGGAUCUCGGUCUUGGUCAUGCUCCACCGCCAUCGGGUACCAGCUCCCAGCUGUCGAGCGAGCUCGACAUGUCACUUUUCUCGAGGAGGCAGUUUAUGGAUAUGGAGGAGCACUCCAGACCAUAUGACUCCUCCGACCAUCAGCACAUCAACUGGUCGCUUUAAGUAGCCUGCCAGUUUGUCGACUUCCAAGUUUUCCGACGAUGGGAAUGAAUCUCCAUCUAGUUGUUUGCCAGCGAGUUAAGAACAAUGACCAGGAAGAACUAGACUUUCAACUAUGUAAUAAUUUGUUGGCUUGUAUUUGCUAAAUGAUGUACCAUGAUAAUGGAUGCUACAUUUGCUAUUGACUGAUGUAUCAGGUACUAGCUAAACUAUUGUCAAUCAUCGUGUCUUAAUAAGUUACAGAUAUGAGCCCUGAACCCCCUUCAUAAACCUGGAGACAGGCAACUGAUUUGACUCCCAAUCAGCUUUCACUCUGCAUGAGCCUGCUGUUUUUCAUCAAUGGAUUAUGUGCUACCACCGAAUCAAAAUGAAGUGAUCCA